CGUUGCGAUGGUAGGCAGUAGAUGCCAACUUAUGGCAAGGGAAGUGAGGAGGUUGUUUGGAUUUGUUAAGUUCUGGUUAUAUUUUAGAAGUGUAUUUUCGUCCAUAUCUUAGUUAAAUGCUAUGGCUGCAAACAGUGGACAAGGCCCUCCUAAUGGGACUAUGCCGGGUCCAUUCGGCCCACCUGGAAUAAGUGGUACCCCUCCUGGGCCAGGUUACACCCCUGUCAAUGUUCCACCACCUAUGAUACCGCCGAGAGGUCCAGGAUUUAUACCUCCUCCAGUAAUGCCAGUUGGGGGUGCUCCAGGAGAUAUACGGUUGCCGCCGCCAAUCAUACCGCCGUUUAGUGUCCCUCCACCGGGUUUUGGAUUUGGAGGACCCCCUGCACCACCUACUAACCACAAUGGGGGUGAGGGUGCUGUCAUUUCAGCUGCACCACAGAUGACUGCUGGUGGAGCAAUUGCAGCAGAUAUGGGAAGUGGAGGCCCUGGAAGACCUGUUCCUCCUCAGCAUGGGGAUUCUACACUUACUGGAGAUAUGGCAGAAGUGAAAACUCAGUCAGAUUGGACAGAACACAAGGCUCCAGAUGGAAGGACCUACUAUUACAAUUCAGUGACAAAGCAGAGUUUAUGGGAAAAGCCAGAUGAAUUGAAAACACCAGCUGAGCUUCUGCUGUCUCAGUGUCCUUGGAAAGAAUAUCGUUCAGAAAGUGGAAAAACUUAUUAUCACAAUGUCAACACUAAGGAGUCACGCUGGACUGUGCCUAAAGAAUUAGAAGAAUUAAAGGCUCGGAUUGCAGCAGAAGAAACAACGACAUCAGCAGCUACUCUCGCUGCACCUCUCCCUCCUCCUGCAAACAGUAUUCCAGUUCCCAUGUCAAGUCCUGCAUUAUCUCAACCCAUGCAGGUGACUCCAUUACCAUCUGUAUUAACAUCUGGGCCACCAGUAGCUGCAGUUGCAAGUCAGUUGAGUCCUGGUGUCAGUUUACCUCCUGUUCCAAUUAUUCCUGGAACAGUUCCAGUUUCUGCAGUAAAUGUUCCUCCUAGUGCUGCUGCAGUUCCAUCUCCUCAUCAAGGCACGCCACCCCCCUCAUCAGCAGCGAACAAAAAUUCAACUGCACCUUCAGCCAUGGACCAAGCAAUGGCUGCCACUCUAGCAGCAAUAAGCAUUCCUACACCACCAAGCAAAACAGCUGAUGAAGACAGCGGCUCUAAUAAGGACUCUGCACCUGGAAGUCGUACCAGCACGCCAGAGCCGAAACUUGUGUUCAAAGACAAGAAGGAGGCUAUUGAAGCCUUCAAAGAUCUCCUACGUGAACGAGAUGUGCCAAGCAAUGUGAGUUGGGAAACAGCUGUGAAACUUAUAUCAUCUGAUCCGCGUUAUCCAACACUUCGCAAGUUGAAUGAAAAGAAGCAAGCAUUCAAUGCGUACAAAACACAGAGACAGAAGGAGGAGAGAGAGGAACAACGCCAAAGAGCAAAAAAGGCUCGGGAAGACCUGGAAGAAUUUCUUAUGACAUCUGUCAAGAUCACAUCUGGAACUAAGUACUACCGUUGUGAGGAUCUUUUUGGAAAUCUGGAUGUAUGGAAAAAUGUGGCAGAAAGUGACCGCAGGGACAUCUAUGAAGAUGUGGUGUUCAGUUUGGCAAAGAGGGAAAAGGAGGAAGCAAAGACAAUGAAGAAACGUAAUAUGAAGCAGCUGGCAGAGAUUUUAGAUGCAAUGACAAAUAUUGGUCAUAGGACUACAUGGCAGGAAGCUCAGCAGAUGCUGUUAGAUAACCAUGCCUUUUCAGAUGAUGCCAACUUGUUGGGUAUGGACAAAGAGGAUGCAUUGAUAGUGUUUGAGGAACAUAUCCGGGAACUUGAGAAAGAGGAAGAAGAAGAUAAAGAAAGAGAAAAGAAAAGACUUAAAAGGCAGCAUAGGAAGAAUAGGGAUGCUUUUGUAACAUUGCUAGAUGAACUUCAUGAACAAGGGAAGUUAACUUCCAUGUCACUUUGGGUAGAACUGUACCCUAUCAUCUCUGCUGAUCUCAGGUUUUCUGCAAUGUUAGGCCAGUCAGGUUCUACACCACUGGAUUUAUUCAAGUUUUAUGUAGAAGAUCUCAAAUCCCGUUUCCAUGAUGAAAAGAAGAUCAUAAAAGAAAUACUAAAGGAGAAAGGUUUUGAGGUCCAGGUGAAUACUUCUUUUGAAGAAUUUGCAACUGUUGUGUGUGAGGACAGACGAUCAGCAACCUUAGAUGCUGGAAAUGUGAAACUUACCUACAAUGCUUUCCUUGAGAAGGCAGAGGCUCGUGAGAGGGAACGAAUCAAGGAAGAAUCUCGGAGAUUAAAGAAACUUGAGGCAUCAUUCAAAUCAUUAUUAAAGGCUGCCAAUGUGGACUACACUUCAAACUGGGAUGAUAUUCGAGCCAAGUUGGAGGGAGAAUCAUCUUUUGAAGCAAUCACGCUUGAGUCAGAACGAGUUAGAAUAUUUAAGGAGUACCAGCAUGAAAAUGAGGAAGCAUGUAGCCAUCAUCAUUCCCGUUCUAAGAAGUCAAGGAAGAGUAAAAAGCAAAGGAAAAGAUCACGAACACGCUCAAGAUCACGAUCUCCUGGUGGUUCAGAAUCAGAUGAUGACCAUGGUGGCCACUCGCGUGGCAGAAAGCGACGGCACCGUACAUCUAGAUCACCCAGCAACACCAGUAGGGCUGGCUCUGUGGAUAGUUCUGACAGCCAAUAUUCGUCUGCCAGGAGGGCAAGACAUAAGAAGAGCAAGCGGAAGAAGGCACGUUCAAGAUCUCCUGUCUCUCCACCACCAGUUCAUCACUCUAGUGGGUCAGACUCAGGUCACAAGCAGUCUCGUAAACAGCGUUUAGCCAGAGGAAGCCGGUCUGAUGAGAAUAUCUCACCUCCAUCUACCAACAUGGGAGCACCGUUAUCUGCUAGCAUAAAGGCUCUAGGCAAGUCCGAGGAUGGAGAGUUAAGUGAAGGAGAACUUGAAAAACGACGACUGUUGCUGUUGCAACAACUACAGCAAGAGAAUUGAUAUUCUGUGCCAUUGUAUUAGAUUUCCUUGUAUUUUUACAUUUAUUCAUUUCUACGUAAGCAGCCUGUACUUUCAAAACACAGUUAUGUGUCAGUUAUGUUAUGUGUUAUAUUAUGCAUUAAAUGGAAAAGGGAUGACAUAUUGCUUAGUUAUGUGAAUUCACAUCUUUAAAACUUCUUUAUAUCUAGGUCUGCACAAAUCUCAGGUGCCAGGUCACAAAAGAUUUUCAUGAUAGCACUCAGAAUUUUCUUCCUGUUAUAUUAUUAGUAGCAAAUGACCCAUCAGUCAUUGUGAGCAAAAUAAUUUUUCUUUCUUUCUUUCCUUUAGCUCUUUCACACUUUUAUCUUCUUACCUCCUUUCUCCCUUAUUGUUGUCCCAUCCAUUUUAUUUCUGUCUUAUUGUCUUUCAUUUCCUAUUUCCUCCAUCACCUUCAUAUUAAAGCAGGUCCCUCCCUCCUUUUCUUCCAUUUCUCUAUUCCUUUUUCUCCUUCCCUCUUUUUUACUUUAUUCCUUUUCGUUUCCAUUUAUUUUGUCAAUUCUGUCAUCAUUCCUCUCCCCAUAUCCUCGUAGUGGUAUGUUUGGUCUUCCCACAAAUGCAAAAGGAACUGGUUAUUUUAAUUUUUUUAUAUGAAUUGGCCACUGUUUAUUUGAGGGUGUUUCUUUUUUUGCUCUCCUAGUUGUUGCAGGCAGUUCUGAGAUUUAUAGGAAAUGUGUGCAAGUUUGCUCAUUUGGUAUGAUUGUUGUGUCCGAUUUGAAUGUCUGCUGUAAAUUAAAUGCGGAUCAUUUUAAGUAUAAGAAUGUGUUCGAUGCAACCAGUUUGAUAUUUUCCUCUUUCUGGGUCCUCAUUUCUUUGCAGUCCACAAAGUACAAAAUAUAAAUUAUCAUAUUUGGAGUUAGUGUCUAUACAGUUAAUGCUUAAAUUAUAAUUUUGCUGAAAGCUGAAAAACAUUUAAUGAUAUUAGAAAUGCUUUAUGUAUAAAUGUACAUAAGCACGUAUGAAUGUUGAUGCUUGCUACUUUGUGUUUUGGAAUACAGUGCUACCAAACCACUUCAAUCCUUUUACAUUAUGAAACUUUUUGAAGAUGCACUGUGUAGUGUGAGCAAAGUCGGUAAAGUGACUGGCUAUGGGCUGGAUAAUUGGGUUUCAGUUUCUGGUAGGGGCAGGGAUUUUCUUCAGUACCUCAUCCAGACUGGCUCUAAGGCUUACCCAGUCUUUAUCCAGUCAGUAUUGGACGUUCUUUUUCAGAGGUUAAAGUGGCCAUGAUGUGAAGCUGACCACCCAGCUCUACCCAGUGCCAAGAUGAGUUAUGUCUGGAGCUACCUCCAUUCCUGUGAUUCACUUUCAUGACAUAGUGCUUAGGGUAAGAGAAAGAAACAUAAGGGCUGAGAAGUUGAGUUAGAGUCUACAGAUUACCACGAAUAUAUCAACAAAUUUACUGAGUAAAACAGACUUUUUUGUCUAAAAAUAUCGUAAUACUUCAACAGUUGCAUGCAGAAUGGUACAGCAAAGAAGCUGUGGAGUGCGUAUGAAGGCAUGUGCUACAUUCACAAGAUUAUGCAGCAAAGUUGGGUAUCUUGUAUAACUUCACUGCAUUCCAUUCUUAGUAUUAGAGAUAUAUGUUCAUGUGAAUUUAUGCACAUAUAUAAGAAGGAGAGAAUUAGGUAAGUGGAAAUUGUAUUCAGGUGAUGAGUUUGUUGAUAUAUAAUGAUAUGUGUCCGUUAACCUGUUGGUUUGCCCGGACUACUAUUUGCUUGCUGCACGCAGGUUUAAAUUCUUUUUCUUGUUACAGGGAAGGAAUAAUAGAUGACAGUGGAUUUUAUACUGCAGAAAUUUGGAAGUAAUUGCAAUUACCUUCCUAUGUGAAUAGACAGAAAUUUGAUGUUUUGUUUGCUUGAAUUUAUAAAAGAAGUAACUGUAUGAAACUUCUGAAAAAUUAGUAGUAAUUCUGGUGAAGAAAUACUAACUAAUAGGCCCAUGUGUUAAGAAUGCAUUGUCUGCAGGUCUGAUUUACAUUUGUGAUGUCAGACAGAAGUCAUGUACCAUAAAUACAAAUUGAUGAAUGUUUAAUUUGUA